AUGCAGACUCGAAUUCAAUAGUUAUCUUAGCUUUAACCAGAUAAAAGAAUCCUUAAUUAUACUUUUAGUUAAUAAGCUGUUAUAGGACGUGGGUCUUAUGGGAUUGUAUAUGUUGGAAUGAAUAUUGAUACAAAGUAUGUUGAAAUUUAAAUUAAAGUUAAGUUGUUGCUAUUAAAGUUGUACCUUUACAAUGUGAUUAAUAAUCUCUUAGGAAGGAAAUUGAUAUCAUGAAAGAUUUGGAUUGUCCAAAUAUAGUUAAAUUAUUAGAUGUAGUUCAAACACCAAAUAAUUGCUACAUUAUUAGUGAAUUAUGUACAGGAGGUGAUUUAAGAGAGUACAUGAAAAGACAUGGAUGUUUAACUGAAUAAUAAGCUUUACCCAUAAUAACAUAGAUUUUAAAAGGGAUAUUAUAAUCUUUUAAAAGAAGCAUCAUACAUCGUGAUUUGAAACCCGCUAACAUUUUGAUUACAUCUGAAAAUAUAUUUAAAAUAGCUGAUUUCGGGUUUGCAAAACGAUUCUAACAUUUAGAAGGUGAUCUUAUGAGUUCAUUGGCAGGCACUCCUUUGUAUAUGUCUCCUUAAGUAUUAUUAAGGAAAUAAUACACAUCAAAAUGUGAUGUAUGGAGUGUGGGUUUAAUUUAUUAUGAAUUAAUUGAAGGCAGAACUCCAUGGAAUGUUAUGGAUAUAUUGGAUUUAAUUAAUAAGCAGAGAAAUACCAAUAUUAAAUUUAGUAACUUUAAUUAUUUAUUAAUUCUAGGCAAAAAGAUAUCACCUCUAUCAUAAUAAUUUAUUUUGGGAUGUUUAUAAUAUGAAGAAUAAAAGCGUUUAGGAUGGGAAUAAGUGUUUACACAUCCAUUGUUUGACAAUAAAUUCAUAAUGAAAGAUAUAGAUUAAAAAUCUUAAAGAUCUUAGCAUUCUACUUCAUAAAUUAAAAAUGAAUCUGAUAUUUCAACCAUGAAUGCAAAAUUGGUUGCAGUGAAUUCACCUCCAUAAACUAAAUCUCCUCUUUAAAUUUACAAUAAAUAGAAAACUAGCUAAAAAGAAUUAUUAUCAAAAGUUGAUUCUCCUAAAUAAGAAAUUCGUUAAUUAUUUAAUCAUAGUAAAACUAUGAUGAUCCCAUAGACAUUAAAGAAAGAUAGAACUAUUAGUAUUGGUAAUCAACCAUAGAGUACUAGAAAUAGUGGUAAUAAGAUAUUUGGAGAAAAUUAGAAGGGAUUUUCUAGAUAAAGGAGUGAAAAUGAUGAAUUGUAAAAUAAUAAAUAAAUCAUUCAAAAUUAAAUAGAAUUUUUACUAUUAAUGAAAUAAAUUAGGAUCUAAUUACUUGAUUAUUCAUAAGUCACAAUUUAAUAGACUACUGUAUAUAAAUUAUAAUUUAUCAUAUUGAAAAAUAUUAUGAUGAAAACAACUUAGUUGAAAAAUUGUUUAAUUGAUGGAAAUGUAAAUAAUUUAGAAUUAAAGGAUUUUGAAAUGUUUAAAUAGAGUGAUACUUUUAAGAAUAUAGAAAAAUAAAUACUUGAAUUACAUUUUGAUAGUUUCAAUAACUUUUAAGAAUGUUAAUUACUUUUAAAUGAGAAUUAUACUUAAAUAAUGAAUGAUUUGGAAUUCAUGGAUAUAUUUAAUAAUAACUUUGAAUAUUCAAUAUAGUUUUGUAAUUUAGCUAAGCAUUUGAGUUUGUAAUUUAUUAAAUGUAAUAAAUUCUACUAUAUUUAGAAUAUUUAUAUUAAAUAAUUUUGGGAUAUGAAAAUCCUAAGAUUUAAUUAUUUACAUUUCUAUUAUGUAAUUAUGCAAAGUAUGUUGGAGAAUAUACAUAAAAUGUAGAAUUAUUAUUACAAAGUAGUAAAUUAUAAUUAAGCAGAAACGAAUGUAUAAAUUAUAUAGAAAAAAUAUUAUUUAAUUGA